UAUAUAGUCUGCCUUAUAAGCAUGCAGUUAUAAGAGAAAAAAUGUAUUCUGUCUAUUUAAAUAUAGCCUGCCAAUGGUGAUUUUUACAUAUAGAAUAGUUGUACUAUUAUUAUUAUGGUUGUUAUUAUUAUUACCAACACUCAACUCUUAUUACCCAGCUCUAACUUAAUAUGGGAUUUUUAUCCCAUUUACAGUGUUGCGGGUUUCUGUUGAAAUGUUACAAAACACUUUGUGACAAAUGAUAAUUUAUAUACCUAUAUUUCCAUAUUUAUUCAAUACUGGACAAAUAGUUUGUGUCUUAGACGUGAGUUUAUUCCUGCUGUACAUGCUGAUUUAGGACUACAGCUCUCACUGUAAGGGGUCUGUACUGGUUUUAAAUCCCACGUUUUGUUUUGGCAUCCGGCUGUAAUGCAACACAGGUGUCUUUAAGUGUUUGUCUAGUGCCUGGAUGAACGUAUUAAUCAUAGGUAAAAAGCAAGAACUUUUAAUUCAGGGAGUGCAAGCCGUCAACAGCCACGCUGAAUUUAAUAUGUGUUAAAAUAUGGCUACUAGUCGUUGUCAUGUCCUUGAAAACUAGAGGAUUUUUUACUUUUACAUGAAGAGCUGAGUGGUGCGUAAUGCAUUUACACGUUUGUUCGGAAUAAGAAAUGACGGAGUUUUGCUGUUCGUGUAUGUGUUAAGCUUUUAUCGCCCAGGUUUUAUAGAGGCACAGCCUUUAUAUUCAGACUGGCAUGUCCGCAGAGAAGCGGCUCGUCAGUGUUGGCCAGGCAGUUUCUGCGCUUACGUUGUUUUUCGAUCAUUUGAAUGGGCUGAUAUGCAACAUUGUAAUUUGAAUUGCUGUGCUGCCGUGUGUUGUCUUUCUCUGUCCACCUUUUUAUUGCGACGCACCAGAUUUUAUACUCCCACAGCCAGCAUUCACGUUUGUCCGUGUUUUUUUUUUUUUUUUUUUAGUUAAUAAGCUGUAUUGUCUCAGGGCGUACAUUCCGUGUCCACUUUGUGUUUAAUUUUUUCACGUGCAGGAAAAGCCUCACCCGCAUAAGUUAGGCUCCAUGCAGUAAACAAGUUAGUUGAUUGGUUUUUCCUUUAUAUACUGUGAUUUAAUAAGGAAAACACCAACGUAAGCCAGUCCGAGCAGUGUUGGUGGUACCAGUGCCAUGCUUUCCAUUGGUUCCUGUUUACAUGAUGCCCACAGGAGACGCGGUGAUUGGUGGCUCUUCACACGUGACCAGGCAACUUUGUACAUUUGACAGGGAGUAGGAGGGUUUUGUGGAGAUCAGAAAAACGACAGCGCGAUAAAAAUUAGUAUUGUUGCACUUCACAAAUUAAUGACCAUGAGUUCCUACUUGAUAAACUCCAACUAUAUCGAGCCUUCCUUUCCUCCAUGCGACGAAUAUCAGCAGAGCGGAUACAUUCCCAACCCUGGUGACUACUACGAGCGGCCAAAAGAUACGGGCUUCCCCCAUCACGACGAGCCAUCCUAUCCGAGGUCAAACUACACAGAAUCGGGAUACGAUUACGGUAACGUCCCCGCUACGGGACUCGAUGAUUUCGGCGACGGGCAUCACGCACAGCCGCAACCGGUUCCACAGAACCACGGUCCUCGCCUCACCGCGGCCCCAGAUGGUGGCGCAGGGGCAAAUGCCAGCAAAGACUGCAGCCUCGCCGGUGAGGUAUAUCCCGGCGUAGCGAAGGGCAAGGAGCCGGUUGUCUAUCCUUGGAUGAAAAAGGUCCACGUUAACACCGUCAAUGCCAGUUACAAUGGAGGAGUGCCCAAGAGGUCCCGCACUGCCUACACCCGCCAGCAGGCUCUGGAGCUGGAGAAGGAGUUCCACUUCAACCGGUACCUGACCCGGCGCAGGCGGGUGGAGAUUGCGCACACCAUGUGCCUGUCCGAGCGCCAGGUCAAGAUCUGGUUUCAGAACCGUAGGAUGAAGUGGAAAAAGGAGCACAAGCUUCCCAACACCAAGAUCCGCUCCUCCAGCUCGGCCUCGUCAUCAGCCUCUGGGGCCCAGCAGCAGCAGAUCAAAACAGGCCAGCAGCUCGUCCCCACGCCGUGCACCGCAGGUCUAUAGUGCAUGAACGAACCUCAUCCCCAGAAAAAACCCAAUCCAGACUGAGAUGGCAAAUAACACAAGUGGAAUUUGAUGGACCGAUUCUCAGUAUUUUACACACAUGGGUGUUAUCUCUUUCACCUUGCCUCUGCCAUUGGGCCCCUGUCACGUCCUUUG